GUGUUAUGGCGUCGGUCUGUGACGUUUAUAGGCCGACUCGAUAUCUUAGUUUUAAAAAUAUUUAACAUCGGUGUUUUAUAGUCAGUUCCAUCUCUAAGUUAAUUGUGCCGUAUAAUUAAUGUGUGGAAGUGUUUUCCAGUGAAUAUGUGCUAAAAUUAAAAAGAAAUUAACAAAUGAUACUAGGUGGACUGUGAACUGCUGCUGCUGACAUACCCUCCGAGUAAAAAACAAAAUAUUAUGUACAAACAAUUAGUAAAAUAGUUUUAAUUUUUGCCGAGAGCUCUAAUUGGAUCAAUUCAGUGUAUUUUGUUCGCCACAAAACAAUACAUGUAAAAUUGUGGAUAAAAUUAUCAACGGAACUAAGCACAACGCCAUCUUUACACGAACAGUGAUACUAAUACCGCUACACUUACAAUUAAUAAGAAAAUGCCUAAGUGCGGGUACUGUGGUAAAUUUUUGUCCAACGUGGACUGUGUGAGGUGUUCAAAAUGCGCAAAUAAUUAUCAUCGUGCUUGCUGUUCUGUACCGACGGGGACAACACCUCAAGGAUGGGCGUGCCAAGGCUGCAAAGUCAAAACCAAACCAGACCCGACGUCAUCCUCGAGGGCAUCAAAAACGUUAUGUGGUGAUAUGUCGUCAGAAAAGUCAACCCCUCAAUCAGAUCUAAGUGAGAAUACACCCACAACGAACAACCACAUGCUACGGGAGUUUAUGCAGGAGAUAAGAGAUCUGCGCAGUGAGCUGAGCAAAACAAGAACUGAGAUUGCGGACUGCAGGAGGGAGAUUCUCGACUUCAAAGCAGAGCUGCAUUCAUGCGGCGCACGUUUAACUGCCUUGGAAGACAAAGUGUCUACACUGGAGACAAGCUGCGAAGUAAAAUCUCCCGGCAAUGUGGAGAAGCUCGAAAACACGAUUACCGAAUUGAAGCGACAAUUGAACGAGCGUGAACAAGAAUCUCUGCAUAACGAUCUGGAAAUCUCCGGCCUACCUGAAGAAAAAAAUGAAAACAUCUUGCAUGUAACCGGGCUUAUAGCUGUAAAGCUAGGCAUGAAGUUGGAGGACCGAGAUGUUGUAUUCGCGGAGCGGGUGGGCUUCCCGCGGCGCAACCGCGCCGCUGAGGACGCGACCGCGUCGCCGCGCCCGCGCGCCAUCGUCGUCAGGCUGGCGCGCCGAGCCCUGCGCGAUGACUUGCUGCGUGCUGCGCGUGUGCGCCGCGGCCUCACCUCGGCCGACAUCAGCAUGCCGGGGGAGCCGCGCCGGUUCUUCGUCAACGAGCGUCUCACGCGGCUGAACCGACAGCUGUUUGGCAUGGCGCGGGAAGCGGCAUCACGCGCCCAGUGGAAAUAUGUUUGGACGAGAAAUGGUAACAUUUUUGCUAGAAAGGAUGACGGUAAGGUAGCCGAACGAAUUAAAAAUGAAAAUGACAUAAAGAAAAUUUUUAUAUCUUGAUUUGUUGGUCUAUGUAUUUUUUGCUAUUUUUUUCUAUUAUCUUGUAUGAAGUUGAUUGUAUUCAGUAUGUCAUUCAGUUGAAUAUUGCUUUAUUCAAUAUGCCACAACAAUGUUACUUUUUCACAAAAAAACAUUAUUUGCUCCAUAUUUAUGUCUUUUUUACAUUUGCAAUCGCAGAAUAUUGUCUUUGUAGCACCUCUUUGCCGUUUAGAAUAUUUUUUUACUUUAUAAUUAUUUUAAUCGAAUAUGUUUUGUGUUGCGUUGCAAUGCUGAUUGUCCGAGUUUUCACUAAAUAUUCUCCUUGUAAUAUAUCUUUUCCGUUUAUAAUCUUUUUUUUCUUUAUACGUAUUUUAAUCGACUAUGUUUUGUGUUGCGUUUCAAUGCUGAUUGUCCGGGUUUUUACUUACAAUAAAGCUCAAUUUAUUCAUUUUCGCAUAAUACAAUUAUUAGUGGCAGUACAAAUUUUAAAGUUGAUCAUGCGCACACUAUCGAAACGUUUUUUUUUAUUUACUCUAAUAGGCGUUGUUAUUCUUACUAAUUCUUUUUGUUUUUUUUUUUGGUUAAAUGUAAAUAUUUCAAUUUUUUAUUGUAAUUGUUUUGUUCAUAGGCCUUAAAUUAUACUAUAGAUUUGGUUUUCUCAACGUCUGCUCGUUAAAUACGAAUCACGAGGAAUUUAUCGCAGCGAUGGAACGUCACUCGGUGGACAUAAUGGCGCUGAACGAGACAUGGCUGCGUACGGGAGAAGAGGGCUGCGCGCCUCGUUUGCCCGGCUACAGUCUGCGCCACACGCCGCGGCCGCUGAGCGUGCGCAAUGGCCGCGGCGGAGGCGUUGGGUUCUACAUAAGGCAUGGCAUAAAUGUGCACACUUAUCACCAUCCGGUGGAUCCUUCGCACACGUCUGUGGAACAGAUGUGGUUAACUCUUAACACUGGGACAGGAAAACUUGCUAUCGGAACAGCAUAUCGCCCGCCUUGGCUCGACGUUGAUUUAUUUUUCGAUGCAAUCACAUUAACUAUAAGUUCGUUAGCUUCGUGUGAUUUUUUUAUUUUGCUCGGCGAUUUUAACAUAAAUAUUCUUGGUUUAAAUGAUAGUAAGGUUCAUAAACUUAAAAUAUUUUUAAGCAGUGUAGAUCUGCAGCAAAUAGUUAUGUCUCCUACACAUUACACGGACCAUAGCGAAUCCAUCAUAGAUAUAAUAUGUACAAAUACUGGAACGCAACAUGUUACGUUGGAACCAGUUGCGCCCCUUAGCAAUCAUGUAAUGUUAACUUGUGAAGUAUGCUGUAAAAGAGAAAAAACAUUUCCGAGAAGACUUAUAUACAGACCUCUUAAUGACGUACCGAUUGAUAUACUUAAUUCUUGUUUAGACUCAAUUAGCUGGAAUUCAUUGGAACAAAUGUGUGAUGUUAACCAAAUAGUGAAUACGUUUAAUUCUCAUAUUAUUACUUUAUUAGAUUUAAUAGCUCCCAUAAAAAGAAUUGUACUUAAGGAGCAACCUCAUCCAUGGGUAACAGACAAUAUAAAGCUUAUGAUCCGAUUACGGAAUGCUGCUCACUCGCGAUAUUUGAAAUCAAAAAUGGAGUCACAUAGGACGUAUUAUAAAAAUCUUAAAACUAUAGUUGUACAAUCAAUUCAUCAUGAAAAGAAAGCAUACUUCAAUCAGUAUAUAAAUAAUAAUUUAAAUAAACCAAAAAUGCUAUGGCGCAACUUAAAAUCAUCUGUUUUGCCUCCUAAACAAAAUUAUCAUUUACCUGCGCAUCUGACAGAUCCCAACAUAAUUAACAAACAUUUUCUUGAUAUACCCGGGACCUCCUCUGUUUCGCCCUCAGUUUUAUUGUUUUUCAAUAGCAACCGUUUUAUAGGAGAUAUAAAAUUCUCCCUUCAUUAUGUUGAACAAGACAUUAUUUCGAAAAUUAUACUAAACCUUAAAUCGAAAGCAGAGGGCAUAGAUGGGAUCUCUCUGGGAAUGCUACUUAGAACCUUGCCACAGUCACUAGGUGCUAUCGCAUCUAUCGUUAAUUGUUCAAUAGUAACUUCUACCUUUCCAGACGUCUGGAAGACGGCCAUCGUUAGGCCACUGCCUAAAAACUCAAACCCACAGGAACCUAAGGACCUACGACCCAUUAGUAUAUUACCCUGUUUGUCAAAAAUUGUUGAGAAAGCUGUUGCGAUGCAACUUAGGGAAUACCUUGAAAGUAACAAAAUACUUUCCGAAUUUCAGUCUGGAUUUAGAAAAAACCAUAGCACAACCACAGCUCUUCUAGAUGUUACAGACAAUAUUAUUAAUGCACAGGAUGCUGGUAUGUGUACCUUACUAGUACUUCUAGAUUUUUCAAGGGCCUUUGAUUGCAUGAAUACUCAAUUACUACUAGCUAAGAUGACAUAUUAUGGUUUUGAUCCCGAUACGGUCAGUUGGUUUCAUAGCUACCUUACGGGUCGUGGUCAAUAUGUUGAAAUCACUCAAGUAGACGGUCGACCGCUUCGUUCAACGUAUAGCCCCUUAACAAGAGGAACUCCGCAGGGAACGAUCUUAUCUCCUCUAUUAUUUAUACUCUACACAACAGAUAUCGUAAACUGUAUAAAAUCUUGCAGAUAUCACUUAUACGCGGACGAUUUACAAAUAUAUAUUUCUUUUAAAUCUAACGAAUGGCGCUCGGCAGUGCAGUCGCUUAACGAGGACCUUGGUAGAAUAUUGGAAUGGUCAACAAAUAAUUGUCUAAUUCUUAAUCCUACUAAAACAAAGUAUAUAGUAUUCGGAUCGAAAUUUCAUGUAAAUAAUGUUCCCCUUAAUUGUGAAGUGAAGUUAGGUGCUGAGGUUUUAGAACGUGUCUUUGAGGCUCGUAACCUCGGCUUAGAGUUGGACUCAAAUUUGCGAUACGAGAACCAUAUAUCAAAGGUAGUCCGCAACUGUUUUUAUAGAUUAAAAGUCCUGUAUAAGGUUCGACAGUAUCUAAGUGAAGAACUUCGGGUACGCCUAGUAGACUCUCUCGUUCUAUCUAAAUUAAAUUAUUCCGACACAGUUUACGGCCCAUGCUUGUAUGUAAGAACAGAAAAGUUGAUUCAACGGGUUCAAAAUGCCUGCGCUCGCUUUUGUUUUAGAAUUCCACCCCGUAGUCACGUAACACUCUUUUUGAAUCAACACAACAUUUUAAACAUGAGAUACCGCAGACAGCACCAUUUAGCAUGUCUACUUUUUGGCAUUUUGAGAUCGCAGACACCUAGUUAUCUUAGCAGCAAAUUAGAAUGGAGCAGAGGGAACAUCAGCGGUAAUCGCAGUCGCCACCUAAAAAUACCGCGACAUAGAUCCGCAAUGUUUAGAGGCAGCUUUCGAUAUGCAGCAACCAAAUGCUGGAAUAACAUCCCACCACCAAUUAGGAACGCACAAACGAAAUCGUCGUUUAGAUUUAAAAUCAGACUUUUUCUUAUGGAAAUCC